CGCCGAAUACAUCAGAUGGGUUGCAAGAUAUGUUCGACCGAAAUCGUUGGGUUAAACGACGGAAAGGAGCGAACUAUUCUUAUUCUUACUCGUGCCAAACGUUUGACGACUGGCAAAGUCACCAUUCAUCGCACGCGUAAUCUCAUUGUUGCCCGCGAAGGAGCUCCGAAUACUACAAAAGAUCCAUUAGUCGUACACAGCUCUGAAUAUGCCACCUCCAGCCACAUCCUCUUUCAGGCAAUAUUCGGUAUCACUUCACGACGCGUUCGCAUCGGCUUAGUAGGAUCAAGGCAGUCUGCCGUAGAAGUGACCCUGAACUCAAAUGAAGAAUUCCAGUCGUCGGUGAUAGACAUCGUAUAGAGAUGGUCAUCAGAAAGUUUCACUGAAACCUAUCCCUUUCGCCUACGAGAUCUUCGACCCAGAUU